GAGGAACAGCAUGUGAACGUUCUGAUCAACAACGCGGCCGUGAUGCGGUGCCCACACUGGACCACUGAGGACGGCUUCGAGAUGCAGUUAGGCGUGAAUCACCUGGGUCACUUUCUUCUGACCAACUUGCUGCUGGACAAACUGAAGGCCUCGGCCCCUUCGCGGAUCAUCAACGUCUCUUCCUUGGCCCACGUUGCUGGGCACAUCGACUUUGACGACUUGAACUGGGAGAAGAAGAAGUAUGACACCAAAGCAGCCUACUGCCAGAGCAAGCUGGCUGUCGUCCUCUUCACCAAGGAGCUGAGCCGGCGGCUGCAAGGCACCGGUGUGACCGUGAACGCGCUGCACCCCGGCGUGGCCAGGACCGAGCUGGGCCGACACACGGCCAUGCACAGUUCUGCCUUCUCCAGCUUCACGCUCGGGCCCAUCUUCUGGCUGCUGGUCAAGAGCCCCCAGCUGGCGGCGCAGCCCAGCACCUACCUGGCGGUGGCGGAGGAGCUGGAGGGCGUUUCCGGAAAGUACUUCAGCGGCUUCAAAGAGAAGGCCCCCGCCCCUGAGGCUGAGGAUGAGGAGGUGGCCCGCAGGCUGUGGGCUGAAAGUGCCCGCCUGGUGGGCUUGGACGCGUCCCGUGGGUCCUCUGUGGACGAGCAGCCGCUCCCCAAAUAA